UUCAUUGUUUGUUGUCAGCCGACGCGCGUUCAUCUCGUAUCAUCCGCCUCGUGCGCUCGCGUCUGAUUGCGCUGUGAUGUGGAAUUAAAUUACUAUUUAUUUGUUUGUUUUUUGUGAGUGCAAUAGUGUUCGUGUUCUAGUGGCUAUUAACGUGAACAAAAAAAUGCCCUAAAAUGCAGCGAACGCAUUGGAAUAAGGACACACCGGAGGAUAAGAACAACAACAGCAGCAGAAGGAGCGAGCAGGACAGUGGCUGCCAUCAGCGACUCUUCCUGUGUAUAUCCAAGGCUGUGAAACAAUUCAUUGAUCUCUGCAAUAACCUGGGUGCUAACUGCAGCACGACGACAGCGGCAUCCUCGUCAGCUUCCGCCUCCACAGCCAGCAGCACGCAGAACUUAACGGCAAUUGUGCCGCCACAGCCGCAGCUCCAGGUGCAAUUACCGGCGGCGCCACAUGGAUUACAAUUCGGCGGCGGUGGAGGAGGAGGAGCAGCAGGAGCAGGAGGAGGGGAAGGUGGUAGAGCGGCACCCGUGAGACGCCACAUUUCCCAUACGACAGCCGUAAAGUUUCUGUACGCCCGCAAGUUUGACAUACCGCGAGCGGUCUCGCUUUACGAGCAGCAUGAGCAGAUCCGCCAAAAGGAGUAUCUCUAUAACAUCGAUCCGGAUGUGGAGCCACUGCGUUCAGAGUUGCAGACCGGCAAGUUCACAAUCCUGCCCGCACGCACCUCCAGCGGGGCUGCCAUCGCCCUCUUCACCGCCAAUCGACACAGUCCCCUGAGCGUUUCGCACACGACCACGCUGCAGGGCAUCGUCUAUCAGCUGGACAGUGCGCUCCAGGACUCGGAGACGCAGCGCGCAGGACUCGUGUUCAUCUACGACAUGAGCGGGUCCAAGUAUUCCAACUUUGACUACGACCUAUCCCAGAAGAUUCUCACACUGCUCAAGGGCGGCUAUCCGGCGCGUCUGAAGAAGGUUUUGAUCGUGACGGCGCCGCUGUGGUUCAAGGCACCCUUCAAGAUCCUGCGUCUGUUUGUGCGCGAGAAGCUGCGCGAGCGAGUGUUCACUGUAUCGGUGCCGCAGUUGGCGCUUCACGUGCCGCGCAAGGCGCUGCCCAUCUAUCUGGGUGGCACGCUGGAGGUCGAUCACGCCACAUGGUUGCUCAGCUGCCGCCAAUCGAUGACGAAUCGUGAGGACGAGCUGCUGGCCAAUAUCGUAGGUGGUGGUGUGGGUGGCUCUGGCUCUGGCUCUGGUUCUCCAGUGGCCACCAAUGGCACGGAAUCGGAGGCCGUAGCAGCAGCAGCAGCAGCAUCAUCAUCAUCAGCAACAGGAACGGGAACAGCAGCAGCGGGAGCAGGAGCAGGAGCAGCCACAACAGCAACAACGACGGGGUCCACGAUAAUCAGUGCCGUCCACCAGCUGGGCGAGAACAAUACCACCGUGGUGACGGUCAGCAAUGGUGUGGGUCCAGCCGGAUCGGCAGGCGAAUCACUGGAAGGACCAACUGCCGAAGUCAUCACAAUCAACGGACUGAGUCCAAGCCACCGGAACAGCAGCAGCAGCAGCAGUAGCGCCAACGCCACCUUGGCCAAUCCCCUCAAGCUCAACACGAGUGGAUCGGCGGAAAACAACGGCAGUAGCAGCAACAACACCACCACCACCAACACAACAGCAGCGGGCGGUGCUGGAGGAGCUGGUGCUGGUGGCACCACCAACGGAGGCGGGGAGUUUUGGUCCGAGAAUCCGCCUAGCAGCGCCUCAUCCGGAUUCAGCGACGACGACAGUCUGGCCGGACAGGAGGGUGAUCCCAAGCCCAUCGAUCAGAUUGUCCAGAUGGUGAAGCAACGCGGACGGCAUGGGCUGAUCAAGGAGUACGCGGACAUCAGGAACAGGGCGCCCGAGGGCACCUUUCUGCAUGCGAGGAUGCGCGCCAAUCUGACCAAGAAUCGAUACACAGACGUCCUCUGCUACGAUCACAGUCGAGUGGUGCUGGCCCACGAAGACGGCGACGAGCCGUCGGAUUAUAUUAAUGCGAAUUUCGUCGAUGGCUACAAACAGAAGAAUGCCUAUAUUUCAACUCAAGGUCCAUUACCAAAGACAUCCCAGGACUUUUGGCGCAUGAUCUGGGAGCAACAUUGUUUAGUUAUAGUGAUGACGACGCGUGUGAUGGAACGCGGACGCGUGAAAUGCGGCCAAUACUGGGAGCCGACUGAAGAAAGUUCCUUAGAGUUUGGCGACUACCAUGUGCGAACAAUUAGCGUUGAGUGCAACGAGGACUAUAUGGUUGCCUCGUUGGAAUUGAGAAACAUAAAGACUGACGAAAUUCGCAAUGUUUCGCAUUGGCAGUUCACCAGCUGGCCGGACUAUGGUGUUCCCAGCUCGGCCAUGGCCAUGCUGAACUUCCUGCAGAAGGUGCGCGAAAAGCAGGCGCAGCUCGUGGCCGCACUGGGCGACACUUGGGCGGGACAUCCGCGCGGACCGCCAAUUGUGGUGCACUGCAGUGCGGGCAUUGGACGCACAGGCACAUUCAUCACCCUGGACAUUUGCAUAUCGCGGCUGGAGGACGUGGCCACGGCGGACAUACGCGGCACCGUUGAGAAGAUCCGGUCGCAGCGCGCCUACUCCAUCCAGAUGCCCGAUCAGUAUGUAUUCUGCCACCUGGCCCUCAUCGAGUACGCCUAUUCGCGCGGAAUGCUGCAGACCGUCGACUUGGCCGGCUUCGAUGAGCGUGAACCGGAUUCGGAGUAGGACAAUACCAACACCAACAACAACAAAACAGACGGGAAACCGACGAGAGAGAACAACUUGUAUACAGAAUAAUAUUAUGUUUUACCCUUGCAAAUUGGAGUUGUAACUUUUUUUUCGACUAAAUGUUCGUCCUGAUAUGAUAUGAUAUGAUAUGAUAUAGAGGAGGAGACGAGAAAGGAACGAUAGACGAGGAAGGCACACAGAUAGAUUCCGAGACACACGGACGGGAGAUCGAGGAAGUGUAGUGAGAGUAGAGUAACCAAUUUACGUUAAUCUAUUAUUUUUUUUUAAAUAUUAUUACAUACCAAGCUAUAGUUGUAUAGCGAAAACAUCUAUAUAUAAACAUUAUUUAAAUUAAAUUUAAACUAAAUGAAAAACAAAUAGCUAAAAAUAAAGAAGAAACAAAAACAAAACCAGCAGCAUUAGCAAACACAAGCGAUAAGCAGAAAACAAAGAUUAACAGCGAAGAGUGUUUAACCAUGACAAAGUUAACUAGAGUCCGAUGAAGUACGGAGUACAACGAAGGCAUAUACGAUGUGGAUGAGGAUGAGGAUGAGGAGCAGGACGAGGACGAGGAUGAGGAUGAGGAUGAGCUAAACAAACCGUCCGGCGGAGAGUCAGAAUCGGAGGAGCGGACAAAUCUUGUGCAUUUUUUCCCCAUCUCAACCAACGCAACCACACAAGUAAUCAAAGCGCAGCGAGCUGCCAAUUUCCUACAAGCAACUAAAUGCAGCUGAACAAAGAGCAGCAGCAGAUGAGCGGCAACUAGUUACAUAACUUAUAUAGCAUAUGCCUAAUUCAAAGUACCGCAUACAGCAAUACGUAUUACGAAUAUAUAGAUACCAGAAGAAAUCAGAUUUAAGCACUGUUCAAUGUUGUUGCAUACGAAAAUAGCCCAAGAGAAAGGAGAGCCAUCGUCAUCAACUUCGCCAGCCUGUCCUCCUGGCCGCAUCUUCUCCAGAUGUGACCAAAACUGAUGCCCGAAAACAAAGCCCCACCCCACCCCCAAAAGUCUCUUCGCCUCCAAGCUGUUAAAUGUGUAUUUUUUUUUUUGUUUUUCUACCCCGUUUUUCUAAUUUUUUACAAAUAUUUAUAUAUAUAUAUAGAGGAAAAUUAAGUGUACCAUGCAGAGAGUCGUAGUGAAUUUUACUAAAAAAUUAUUUUACCAACUAAACGUAAAUAGUUGAAAGUGCAGAAAGCGAGUAUUAAACAAAAAAAAAAAAAAAAAAAAAACAAACAAAACGAAAUAAGAAACAAAUAUCUAACAUGCCUUCUUUCCUAAAUUUUUCAUAUGCCAAGCGAAUCUAAAACGGAAUAAUAAUCGUAAUGAAAAUAAAUGAAGGAAAACCAAA